CUGCGGCGCCCGGGAAUGGCGGCGGUUUUGGAGCUGCUGCUGAGCGAGGAGGUGGCGGUCGGCGCCGUGGUGCGGUGGCUGCGGCGCGCGCCGGGACAGCGCCCGGCUGAGGAGAAUCACAUCCAUGACAAGCUGGUAUCGUUCAGUUUGCUUCAGAAGGACUUUGUGCCUUUUCUGCUGAAUUUUUUAAGGGAGCAGACCAGCCAGAUACUGACUAAUGGACCCUCCACUCCUGCUAAAACUCCCAAUUCCAAGGCCCACAGGAGCCAAAGGACAGGACCAGAAAGGAGAGCAGGCCAUGCGACUAGCAGCCGAGUGCAGCUCUUUUCCCAAAGGACUUCGGUGACCUCCUGCACCACAGACACCAGCUUUUCCCCCGCUGCUGCAUCCAGUGGUUCCUCUUCCUGUUCUGGGUCGAACCUGUCAAGCCCUUGCAGCGACUUCCCCAGCGUGGUAUCCAGUAGCAGCCCGAGCUUUGGGUACAGCCCUGUGCUCACCCACAGCGAGAAGCGUUCGGCUCAGAAGGCCAACCUGGGGAGCUUCCUUGCUGCCGCACCAGAGGCCUUGCCAGCAAGACGGGGCAGGAGGAAGGGCAGCAGCUCUAUCAGUGCCUCUGGACGGCAGGUUGCUCGGGACCUGGGGCGUUCCUUGGCCGAAGAGGAGGAUGGAAAGAAUGAAAGUGCAUCGUGGAGUGGAGGGAGAAGGAAGCGGAGCGAAGUGCCUCUUGUUGCUGCUAGAACCCCUCCCAGCCAGCUGAAUCUUAACAACCUAGAGGAGUUCCCACCCAUGGGUACCGCCUCUGGCUGGACAAACAAAAGCAAGCCAUCAAGGAGAAUCAACCCAACUCCUGUGAGUGCUGAACGCCCUCUUUCAAAGCCAAAGAUGUGCUUCACUUCAACGCCUGUCAGCCAGUCUCCAGCUGCUCGAUUUUCAGCGGGGUCAAGCUCUGAGGCCUUUACCACUGUACAAGAGGGAAGCCCAACUUCUGUGAUAAGCAGCAGCCUUCAAGAGGAAAGGGAGAUGCUGAAGAAAGAACGAUGCAAGUUGCUGCACCAGACAUCUUCUCCUGCAGGGAUAUCUCCUGAUCCUGGGACUCCUACUAAGCCCACUUACACUCGCAGUGCUAGCCUUCCUGCUGAAAGCCAUCUGGUGACCUGCGCAGAUCCUGCAAAGGUUUCCUGCAAGAAACAGUUGGAGUGUCUGGCACAGCUCUACUCAUCGUGUAUAGCAGAAAACCUGGUACCAAAUAUUUUCCUGGAGGUUUUUUUUGUUCUGCAACUGCUAACAUCUAAAGGAACUUCUGCUUCAGAGGAAGAAGAGAGUGACCUUGAAGUCAGUGAAGGAAGUAAAGAUGCAUCAGGGAGGCAGCACUUCCGAAGUGUGCACAACUGCGUGUACUUCGCUGUUCAGGUCUUGGAUUAUCAAUAUGAAAUUAUUUCCCAUUUAGAAAAGGGGACACUGAAGUUCUUGGCAGAAAAUGAACGGAUUGCAGCUUUUUCUCCCACCCUGCAUGAGAGGCUCAAACAGGCGUAUGAAAGCAGCACUGCCAAGGUGUCUCUGCUGCUGCCAUGCUCUGUGCAAUGUGUUUCUUUCCAGCCAGAAACUGACAAUCGUUCUAACUUUCCCAGUGACAGAGCAUUUCACAUAUUUAAGAAACAAAGGGAUAUCUUUUAUGAACUGCUGCGUGAGUGGGAGGAUAACCAUGAAAAACCUGGUUGGGACUUUGAAAGAGUUCUGGGCAGCAAGAUCAGGGCCAUGAUGGCUCACCUGUCUGCAACCUGCAACCACAGCCAUUUUGCCAGGCUCUUUCAGAAGCAGCUCACCCAGAUGUGUAAAGAUCCUAUUGGUGGUGGUGUGAGCUGGGGAGACACUCCAGACCAGGAUGUCCUUAAUAUGCUGGGUCCUGAUAAUCUGAGCCGUCUGAAGAGGUUGCAGGAAAGAUUUGUUGUUCCUCAGAGCAUCAGGGGACCUUGCCCACCCCCUUCAUUCCCAGGGUGCCAGCAGUUCUUCAGGGACUUCAUCCUCAGCGCAGGAAGUUACCAGUUCAAUCAGCACCUGGUCGAUAGCCUGUGCCUGAAGAUACUUGAGCUAGAUGGCCUUACUCUGGUGGAGCAUGAGCACAGUGACGGGGAAACAGAUAUGGAUGAACAGGAUGAAAAGAAGCGUUUCACUGUGGUACUGUUAAGCUUGAGACUCCUUGCCAAGUUCCUGGGCUUUCUUGUAUUCUUGCCAUAUCGCACUGUGGAGCAACCAACUAGAGACCUGCAAGACACUGCAGUAGCAUUGAGGAACCAAACUUUGCCUGUGCUGGACGUAUUGAAGCUUCUGAGACGAUCCAUUCGGAAUCAGCGUUCUGUCCUCACUAUUCCUUGGAUUGUGGAGUUUCUUUCUCUUGUGGAUCAUAUUGCUCCUUUCCUUGAUUACUAUAGGAAGGUAUUUUGUCUUUUGCUGCAGGUAUACAGGCUAAUGGUCCUUUCUGAAGACAAAGAGAUGAGUUUCCUGAACAAACUGCUGAUCCUUGCAGUUCUGGGUUGGCUUUUUCAGGUUCCAUCGGUCCCUGAAGAAUUGUUUUUUGCCACAGAUGUCAGGCAGGAGGGAUUGGUGAUGGAUAUUGUGACAUCUGCUCAGGCUUUGGACUCUGUCCCCCUGGUGGAUCAGCAGUUACUUUAUACCUGCUGCCCCUACCUUGGAGAGCUGCGGAAACUACUUGCCUCUUUUGUGGCUGGUAGUGGAGUAAAAAAUGGUGGCUUUAUAAGGAAAAUCACUCCAACAGCUGCAGAGUCCUUGGCACCAAAGACUUCCAUUACACAACGGAAACUGCAGGUAGAGCUGGAACAGGCCUUCUUCCACAACCAGCCUCCCUCUCUGCGGAGAACAGUUGAGUUUGUGGCAGAGAGAGUGGGAUCAAACUGUGUUAAGCACAUCAAGGCGACAUUGGUAGCAGAGCUGGUUCAAAGGGCUGAAGUCAUGUUGCAGGAUAAAGUGAAGGAGGAGGAUGCUAAUCAUGAUAAGCUGCUUGAAGAGGUGUGCGCUCAUCUGUAUGAUGAAGGAGCCCAGGCACUUAUCAAAGGCAGAGAAUUUUGCAAAAAGAAAGGUCCUGAGGCGGUAAGGGUCUUAUUGCCGGAAGAAACAUCUGCAGCAGUUUUGAGCAGUGCAGAAGACAUUGCAGUGGAGCUGGCUACUGAGAAGGCCUGUGGCUGGCUUUCUGCUAACAUUGCAGCACUGAUUAAAAGAGAAGUGAAGGCAACAUUCAACAGAAUGCUGAAAGUCCCAGGACUUCCCUUGCCCAAUGAGGAUCCUGUGGAGUUGAGAAGGGACUGCUCCCCGGGCUGUCUGCACCGUGCGCCAUUUCCCUCUCAAAUAAUCAAUGAGAUUAAGGAUGUGCUCUGCAUUGCUGUGGGCCCACGGGAUGAAGGGGAAGUGAUUGAUGUUGGCUGGCUGGAGUGCUUGCUGGGUCGACUGAGUCAGACGCUUCGGUGCAGAAAGUUCAUGUGUCCCACAUCAGAACAGCAGCUGGCAAAGUGCACGGUUGAGUUGGCUUCUUUGCUGGUUUCAGGUCGUGUUCCUCUUAGUCUUGGGAUCAAGCCCCCAGAGGAGAGCUCUGAGAGGCUCCGAGUGAAGAAUAAUCCCACGUAUGACCUUCUGAAACUGCUGCUUUCUGUCUGGAAGGAGGACUUUGGGACACCUGUUCCUGUGCAGCUGAUGUUCAGCAGGAAGAACAUUGGCUAUCUUGCAGAAGUGAAGCAGCAAGAGUGGGAUUUGUUCCAUUUCAUCCUUCAUGGUCUUGUAGAAUAUGAUCUAAUGCGGACCAGUGAAAUAGAGAGUUGCUUGCGUAGCCUUGAAGAGUUCCCUUGGCCCUCAGAUUUCUUAAAAGCUCUGGGCAGCAUUUCCAGUUUAUUUCUAUCAGAACAUCUUAUGGAAGAGCCCAGGAGUAACCGCUGUGACCUGACCAGACAAUCUCUAGGUACUGUGACAGCACAAAGUUAGUGGAGAUGGACUCUCUGAGGAUAGAAAUUACUAAUGAAGAUGCAGAUGGAAUUUUUAGUGUUUCUGAAUGCACUGUGAGGUCCUUGCUGGGAAAAUAUUGCAUGUAGGAGGUCUCUAUGUGCGAAACCAGCACUGGUCUUUCUGUUUGUGGAUGUGUUGCACUGGUGACUGCUGAAGGAUUCAUAUCAGCAAAUAGAUCACCAAGUCAGAAGUUCUUUAAGCACCUUGAUCAUUGCUCAGAGCAGCUGUUUUUUCAGACUCAUGAACACUUUUGUGUUUGUACAGUAACAGACUGUGGUCAAACCAGGAAUCAAGUUGAAUGGACAAGUCCCUCUGUGAAGCAGGGGGAUUGCUUCCUGGUGACUGGCUCAUCUCUGAACUUAAUGUGGUUUCUUGCCAGGGGAGGGAAAAGGUAACCUGUUCUGCAAGAUGAGCCCGUAUUUAUUUUUCACUGUGAGCUCAAUUUCGAAUAUUUGAUUUUAAUGUUUUUAAGACUCAUUUUAGAAGUUAAAACAUAUUAAAUAUAUAUACACCAGAAAAUGUGUAACAUUAUUCUUAAAGGAUGUAGAUGAUUAAGUUAAGUUUUCUUCCACCUCUUGAUGGAAACAGAACUUGUUAUUUCUUGGAAUUUUUAAUUGAAAUAAGGGAGAAAAUACUUGAUUAUAUUUUUCACUGAAGGCAGAUGGCAGUAUUUUUAUGACUCUUUUUAUAGUAUGUGAACAUAAAUGUUAUGUAGCUGCUAUUUCUUGUUUUUUAUAAUCCUUCUUGCCUUGAGUUUGAAUUUUAUCAGACAGGAAAUACUCCAGCGAGUAAACUACAGACUAGAAGAACAGACAAGAAAUUUAGCAGUGAAAAAAGCAGUGCCACCUUCUGGAGAGAUGGUAUGAAAGGAACCUUUUUUUAUGGAGGGCAGUGGGCACUUCCUGCGUUUGUGGAUAGAUCAUAAAGCCAGGGUGCAAGUUCCCUUUCACCCAGCAGAGAUCUUCUUCAGCAGGAGUUUAUGCUCGGGACUGCUGGGGGUUAGCAGAAAAUUACCUGCUCGUUAGAUGAUUCGGGACAAUUUUUCUUUUCAGAGGAUCUUUUUUUCCUUUUGUCUGGCAGUCUGCCAUUAGUACAGGUUUGUCAGAAAGCAAAUAUUGUAUUAAGACCAAUGUUUGGACUUGAAGCUGAGUAUCUUGCUGAUUAACUUACUUACCUCUUCCUCGUAUAAGGUGGAAAAAAGUAGCUUUCUCAGUUGAGGUGGAGGGGAAAAACACAACCAGGACUAACUAGGUAGAACUGUGGCAUCAGUUGAAAUGUGUGAUACAGAGGGGAAUGCCAGCAUCUAAACUCCAUUGAGGUUGAUUGGGCAUACACCAUCUGUGUGCUUUUUUCUUUUUUUUUCUUUUUUUUCUUUUUCUUUUGUCUUUCUAGGGAUUGUAAGACAUGACUGAGUCAGGGGUUCCCUGAAAGUAGGUGUGCUGUGUGUCUGGUGAAAGCAGGGUAAUGCAAAUUGAAAUAGCGAGUACUGUCUCUUGUUUCAUACCUACUUCCUGAGGCUGAGCAUUGUGUGACGUUUUGCUGCAGAGCUCAGUUGAAGUUGUUGUUUGUUAUAAUAAAUACGAUUAAAUGUCCUGUUUUGUGUCCAAGCUGGUGAAAUACAGCCUCUUUGUACUGGGACAAAGUACAAAAAGGUGCCUUGCCACAAAGCAUGGUGCAGAAAACAUAUGGUGAUAUCUGUCCUGCAUGCUGCUGUUUUGCUUGUGCUGCACUACUGCAUCUGUUACUUGACCGUGGGAGAUAGAGGGAGAAGCUGGAUAAAAAGGUGCUCAGUCUCUGGAACUGAAUUUAUUUGGGUAUCUAAAACUGUUUGCGUAGAUACUGCGGCCACAGGUGUUUUUGUGAACUCAACCUAACUCAGUUAUCCUUCUGUAAUACAACAUGCAUGGAGGUAUUUAUUUAAAAGGUGAUCUAAACCUGAAGAUCAGUUUACUACUGCCAGAGAAUGUAAUUGUGCUCCAUUGGGCAGAAGUCAGUCUGUUCUUCAAUGUUGUCCAGCAGGUAAGAAACACCUCUGCUUCUGUUUUCUUACAUUGUCAUGUCAUUAAUCUACAUAGUUAAUGGGUGUCUCAUGUUACUUAUGCUUGGUGACUUUGGGGAAGCCAGGCACCUGACUCUGCAGCCAAACUUUGCAAGAAGGAUACAGCACUCUGGGCAAGUAGGAGACCUAGGAGCCGUAUGCCUUCUAUCACAAGCUAACCUUUUUGGCUUCGUCCAGGUACGACGGUGCAAAUCUGGACAUCUGCCUUUUGGUGCAGUUGCUGAGGCUGUGGAAGAUGUGCAGUGCUGCAGGUGAAGCAUCCCCUGAUGCAGCUUGGCAGGCUGCUAAGAAAGGCUGAGCCUCACCCCAGGAGAAUGGUAAUACACUGAAGGAACCUGUGACCAAACACUUGAAGCCUGACAACAUGAGUAUUGGACAGAGCUCAAGAGCUGCCAGAUGAAUAUUCCAGUUUCUUGAUCAAUGCUAACUGGCAAGGAAGUGUGCUAGUCGAGCAAUGACCAAAGGCUGCCGCUUAGCGAUGGAGCUCAGGAGCCGUGCUGGGAUCGCUGGGGCACCCAGAUCCACCUGUACAAGAAAUCGUGUAAUCGUAGAGAAGCUGCUCCUACUAGAGGUUCUGAGGACUCACUAACAUUUGCCUGACUCGAACAAGUGGCACUACGCUUUGGAUUAAAAAGUAACCCCUGGUGAUUUUUUGGAAGACCUUUCUGACUCAGAUGGAUAUAACAAUACAAUUUCAUCAACUUGCACUGAAGAGUUACCAGGUUCUGCAGAAGGAUUCUUACGUUCAGCAGUGUCAUUUUCUAGAUUAGUUUCCAGUGUUUCAAUGGACACAUUGCUGUACUGCUUGUUACUGUCACUCGAGUAUGUGGAUUCAAAGCCUGGUCUGGCAUUGUCCCAUCCUUGAAGACCUUCAAUACUGCUCAAAGUGCUUGAUAAAACUUUCGCUGUAGCAUAUGAACUGAGAUGAGAAUGAAAAGGAGAAUUCUGAGAAUUCAAUCCAUUGUCCACACUAGAACAUCUCGUAACUUUACGAUUAUCCAGGUUUAAAGGCAUUUGAUGCUUCUUCACUACACUGAGCUACAGAACUGCUCUUUGAAUGGAUAUUUUCUUUCGCACCCGCAGAACUGUGAGCUGUGGGCAGUAAAGAUGAUGGAGAAUGUACAGUACUGUCUUUUAAGGACUGGCUGCUUUGGGUCCUUGCUGCAUAAUUUUGUGUAUCAACAGAGGCCUCGUUCUCCAUUAAUGUUUCAUAGUACAGAAGAACAGCUUCAGUUCCAACAUUGCCAUUGGAUGGUUUUGUGUGACCUUUCAGUGCAGUGGAAGCAUCUUGAACAAGAUGGGAAUUAUCACUUACUUCAAGACAUAAAAGAUCUUGGACUCAUGGCCUUCUUCAGUCUGUACAGUUGGUGGUCUUGGAGUUUGUAACUUCCAAAAAAUCUCUGCUGGGACUUCAUCAGAUGAAUCAGAUUUGGAUUCUUCUACUGGAUCUUCUGUUGGCACCUCUUCUCCAUCACCCAAGCUGUCCAGAGAAAAGCUUCUUUCAGCCUCUCCCAGUCUCCUGUGUGAUGCAUACGAUGUCACUAAAGAUGAAACACGGUGUUCAGAUCUGCUUUUGUAAAGCUUAGCUGGCUGGUGGCGGGCCUUUAAUUUCUGAAAUUGGCUUUUAUUUUGCUUUUUGGCUUUAUUUUCCUUUUCUACCAGAGAGUCUUGUGACAUUUGACUGUCAUCACUCUCAGAAUCUUCUGGGUUGGCAAGACAUUUAUUUCUGUGGAAAUCAUCUUGCUUCAGCUUCUCUGUGAAAGCUUUUGCAUAAGCGCAGGAGAGUGAAUCUACAGAGUAAGUACUGUCAGUAUCAGAAAUCUCAUUUUCCUCAUCUUCUUGCCAGUUCCCGAGCACGUCUGUGGCUGUUUUAGACAUUCCAGCACUUAACAGCUCAGCACUAUGCCAUUUUUUUUCAACAUAAGAGAGUGGUGCCUGUGUGUUCAUCUUAGUGAGAUUUCCAACUGAUGUUGCCACCAUCAGAAAUUCUUGAUGUUCCACUGAUGAGUUCUCAUUACUUUGUAAGUCUGAGGGUGGCACUCUCUCCAAAUUCUUAGCUGCUUGGUUUGGAUGUGCAGAUGGUAGGUUUCCAUACACUGCUUUCUUGAUUUUGUUAACAAAAUUUUCUGGGGAAGGACUAUGGCCUUUUGUAUUGAUAUCCAUUCUCGUCUUUUUAUUGGACACCUGAGCUCUGUUUUGUUCUAGACAGCUAUUUGCAGGCUGACUUAAAUCUCCUAGCACCUUUGUUUUUGUCAUUCUUGUCCCUGUAAUAAAGGUUUCAGGCUCAUUUUUCUCCUUACAACGAUCAGGAGAGGAGCCUUUAGAGGUCUGUUUUUGACAUCCAGCCUCCCCUGGGCCAUCAUUCAGCUUAUCCAUUUUUUGAUCAUUUUUAUUGAUAUGAGCCAUGACAGCUGAGUGAUUACAGUCCCUUUCUGCCCCUUUUUUAUUUCCAAAUGAAGAUACUUUUUCUUUCUCAGAUAGCUGCAUCUGAACUAAAAAGGAGAUACCUUUUUCAUCAUUAAAGUCAUCACUCCUGGAAAAGUCUUUAAAUUUUCUGUAACAGUAUUCCACGGAUGAAAACUUCCCUGGUGUAUUGCCUUCGGAGCAUUGAUCAGUAUUUGGCGAGGUAGAUAACUUUGAGAUUGUUUCCCCAUUCAACAAACGGCUGUGGAAAUAAAGAAGAAAUAAAGCCCAAUGCUUGCUUAAAUAACAUGCUUCAUGUUUCCAUAUUAGUAACAUCUUGCAGUUAAAAGUAAUGACAUGUGAAACAACCACCUUAACAAGAAAUUAAUACCUUGAUGCUAAGUUGUACAGCUUGAUAUUUAAUCUUCACAGUUUCAAGUAGCUGCAAGUUUUAGUUAAGAAUAGAAGAUGGUUCUAAGUCGCAGGAAUUCACUUUGCGGACUUAAGCCACUUCCUGCCUCGGGAGCCAUGCUGUGAUAGACAUGCUAUUGCCCUGACAUUUUAGUACUGUGUAGUGCUGUAUUUGGCUUGAGAAGGUUAAUCAACUUCAAAGUCCAAGGCAGAAUCACACUAGUAAAAGUAUUCUGAAGGAAUAAUUUGAUCCUAAUCACAAUAAUAAUGCAGAAACAAAUAUUUACCAGCAACACAAAGGCGGCAAGAACAAAGUUGAGCAAGCUCUGGUAAGCAAUCACAAUGAGGUAAAACGUGCAGAAAGGAUUGAUGGAGGAAAGAAAUAAACAGCAAGACCACCUCAGAGACCUAAGUAGGGAAUGCACUGCAUAAAUCCAAGGAAAGCAGCAAACAGCUCCAGUGUGAUGUACAAUACACUACGUGAUACCGCAAGUUUUAAGGAUUGUUUCAGUAAGCUAAAAGGCAUUCUGGAUUGCAGGUAGCCAUUGAAAAUACCAUGAAUUUAAAUAAUAUUUGACAUUCAGAGGAAUUGGUAGAUGUUGACUCACCUGGGUACCUGGGGCAGAUGGAUGUUACAGAAUGAAUGCUGACUGUGCAGUGAGUAACUCGAACCCAAUGACCUCCUCCUAUUCUGUAACUGGUGAUCCACGGAGGCCUGUCCUGCAAUGUUUUCAUUUGGGAUGUGGGAUUGUUUCACACAAACUUCACUGAGCCAGCAGUUAGCUUCCAGCUGCUCUAGGUUUUGCUUAGCUUCCAAUAACUUCUGCUUCUUGACUAUCCUUUCCAGCUGGAAUUUGACCUUUUUACGUCUUAUGUUUCUUUCUGCCUUUUUUAAGGAGCACCUUCGCAGGAGCUCCAGCUGCACCAGUCUCUUCUUGUUCUGCUGUAGCAGUGAAGGUGAGAUCUCCAGACCAAGGCUACUCUGUACCUCAGCCUCUGCGUACAACGUAGAUUCUGUUUGCACUGCAAAUUCUCUCUGCUGUUGCUGCAGGGCAGCUAGUCGGUUACUCUCAUUUAUAAGCCACUGUUGGUCUGCAAACAAUGAUUGAAAGAAAGUAAAAAGCAUAGAAAUAACAUUGUUCAUUAAUUUAAUUAGCCGAGAAUCCACUGAAGAACAGAAUUCCUAUGCAGAUAGAGCAAAUCUAUCUAUCCAUCUCUAUGUUAAUGAAGAAAAUAAAAUUUAAUGCACAUGCUAAUGAGCCUUUGGUAAAUAAAUUCCUACUGUUUAGUGAAGAAAAUGCAAUAUUAAAAUGUAACUGACUCCUCA